UUUUCAGUGCGAUAUUUACAAUCACUUCAUUUCGGUUUUUUUAUAACUAUUAACGAGAACACAAAAUUAAAGACAAUGGCUGAGUGUAUGGACUACAGCGACGAACAGAUUGAUGAGACUACAUUGGUCAAAUACAAUAAUCCAGUGUUGGUGAUAAAAAAUCCAGAAAAGCAAUUAGACACAGUCGCUAACUUGAAGAUUCAAAAACAAGAGCGUGAAGGGAGGCCAAAUUCGGGUGGAAUAACAGCUGACAAUCGUAAAGAAACUGAAGAGAUUUUAAAUGACAUUCUACCACCGCGAUGCUGGGAAGAAGAGGGACAAUUAUGGUCACAAACGGUUUCGAGUGUGCCUGCCACCCGGCAAGAUGUAUCGAAUUUGCAAGAGAUGUUAGACACACGUUUGCAGCAGACUCAGGCGAGAGAAACAGGAAUAUGUCCUGUACGAAGGGAACUGUACAGACAGUGUUUUGAUGAAAUUAUCCGCCAAGUAACAAUAAACUGUGCCGAACGGGGAUUUCUCUUAUCUCGUAUUCGAGACGAAAUAGCCAUGUCAAUGGAAGCAUAUGAAACUUUAUAUUGUAGUUCUGCUGCAUUUGGCAUUCGAAAAGCGUUACAGUCACAAGAGGGUAAAGAGCAAUUAUAUCAGAAAGUUUUAGAUCUUCAGAUUGAAUGUGAUGCAAUGCGAAAUGAGAUAAAGGAUAUGGAACAUAAAGCUGAGCAGACCGAGCGUCGUAACAAUGAGAUGAAGCUUUCGGAGGAAAGGAAACACGCUGAAGAGGUCGCAUUUUUGAAGAAGACAAACGCUCAGUUGAAGUCUCAACUGGAAGGAAUCAUUGCUCCGAAGAAAUAAACUUUGCGAAACAUGUUUUUUACGAUUUUUCAUAUUGUUAUACAUAGUUAAGCUAAAAUAAAUU